AUGCCCGAGCUGGGACUCCUGCCCACGACCUUUACCAAGGUCAAGCCCGCAGUCACAGAGACCAUCCGGGAGAUUACAAUCACACCGACAGACCACAUCGACACAUGGUCUCCAGACUCGUGGCGAAGCAAGCGCGCAGCGCAAGCCGUCGAGUACGCCGACAAGGACGCUCUGGAGGAGACGUGCGCCUACCUGCGCCAGCUGCCCCCCCUGGUGAACCCGUCCGAGAUUGAGCAAGCCCGCGCGCAGCUGUACCACGUUGCCCUGGGCCGGGCCUUUGUGAUCCAGGGCGGCGACUGCGCCGAGAGCUUCCACGACAUCAAGUACGACAUCAUCAAGAAGAAGGUCGAGCUGCUCCGCCAGCAGAGCGAGGUGCUCGAGGAGGCCCUCGGCAUGACCGUCAUCCCCCUGGGCCGCAUCGCCGGCCAGUACGCGAAGCCCCGGUCCAACCCCUUUGAGACGCUGCCGUCCGGCGAGAAGAUCCACGCCUUCAGGGGCCACAACGUCAACUCGGAGGACCCCAACCGCCGCCAGCCGGACCCCAACCGGCUGCUGCUGGGCUACUUCUACGCGGCGGCCUCGCAGAACACGAUCCGGCACGUGUCGACGCACAGCGCGCCGUCCGCCGGCAAGACGCCCGGCAAGUCGUUCCUCUACACGUCGCACGAGGCCCUGCACCUCCCGUACGAGUCGGCCCUGACGCGCGACCACUACAACCUGUCGGCCACCACCAUCUGGCUGGGCGAGCGCACGCGGCAGCUCGACGGCGCGCACGUCGAGUACGCCCGCGGCCUGCGCAACCCCAUCGGCGUCAAGGUCGGCCCCACGGCCACGGCGGACGAGGUCGUCGCCAUCCUCAACGCCCUGAGCCCCGACCGCUCGCAGUGCGGCAAGGUUACCCUCAUCACCCGCAUGGGCUGCGGCCGCGUCCGCUCCGUCCUGCCGCCCAUCAUCCGCGCCGUCCAGCUCAGCGGCCACGUGCCCAUCUGGAUGUGCGACCCGUGCCACGGCAACACCUUUGCCACGUCCACCGGCGUCAAGACGCGCCGCGCCGAGGACCUCCUGCAGGAACUCAAGGAGACGUACAUUGCCCACCGCAGCUUGGGAAGCCGUCUGGGUGGUAUUCACCUCGAGCAGACGGGCGAGGACGUCACUGAGUGCAUGGACGGCGAGAGGACCACCUGCGAGGAGGACCUGGGCCAGUGCUACCAGUCGCUCUGCGAUCCGCGGUUGUCCAGGGAGCAGGCGCUGUGGCUGGUGAAGCAGUUCGGGGAGUUUGUCAAGAACUACCAGCACGAAGCGUGA